GGUUAAAACUUCUUGAGAAGAAUCGGGAAGAAGAUUGGAAGAGAAGAGUGAAGAAGGAUAAUCACUCAAGCGUGAAGAGCUUAGGAGAGAGAAUGAGUAAACUGCAGGGGAAUGAAGAGAAAUGGAAGAGUUCCAAGCCUGACACAACUGUGAAAGUUCAGCGAGAAUCAGCCACGAGCAAAGCAAACAUAAGCGAUCGAUUGAAUUUAAUUAUCGCAAACUCCGAAAAAUGGAAGGAAAAGUCAGGAAAACAGAAUGAUGCAACUCAGUUUACUGUUCAUGCAAAAGCUCAUAAACGUGAGGGCAGCACAGGUGUCCCAAUCGCCUCCUCUCCAUCUUUGAAGAGGAAAGUCCUCCCUGUUGCCGUGAGCAACGAGCCGGUGAUCACGAUUGACGAUGUCAAGAAUGAUGAACCGAGUUUGAACAAACUUUCCGAAGUUUUGAAGUUAUCACAGAAAGGAUUAGAGGAAGAUGUUAUUAAGAAAUUGGAAGAAACAACUCAAGAAAUCCCGAUGAUGGACGACCAUGAAUUCAACUCUUUCUUUUCUUCGUCAUCUCCUCUCAUCCAUUCUAACGGAGUCUCAGAAGAAGUUCAUGAGAAUGGGAACGAAGAAACAGAAAAUACCCAGGAUUCCUGGAUGGAAAUUGAGGAGACUUUUAAAGUUGAUAGAAACACCAAGUUAUCCGACAUCGGUCGAUUAAAGUCGAGAGUAAAACGUCCAACUGCACGAAAUAAACGCUCGGCAAGAAAUCCACUAAAAGCUUUAGCUGCAAGGGAAGAUAUAAAGCAAUCUUACACUGAGCAGAGAUCUAAUAUUAGCAAACUAGAACAGCAGCGUCUUGCCAGUUUGCGUGGCAACCAUUUUACUUCAGCUGCGUUAGCUGGUCUUGCUUACAAAGCUGACUUUAGCAAGGUAAACUUGAAAAGUACAAAAACUCAGCCAGCUUUUACAGCAAGUGAUCUGCAACCCUGGAGUGAUAAGAUGUUGCUCAGGGUCAAAGGUCGGCGUCAUGUUCAAACACGAUUGGUGGAGCCAUGUGCCGCUUCACUGAACAGCGGAGAUGCUUUUCUUCUCGUCAUGACAACCAAACUUUACGCUUGGUUUGGUGAAUUUUCGAACGUAAUCGAAAAAGUGAAAGUUCAGGAGAUAGCAGAUUACAUAAUACACAAAGGUGAUCUAGGAUCAAAAGCAACAUCACUUACAAUCAUUGAUGAAUUAAAAUCUUCAGCUUUUAAAUCAAAAGAAUUUUUCUCUCAUAUCGGUGGAAUUGGUGAGUUUCAGCCAUAUGGUGGCGACCAAGAGGACGAGUUAUACGAAGUUAACGCAGAAGCUGCAAUUAAAUCUUACAAACUUGAAGAUUCUAAACUGGUCCCCUAUAAAGAAUCGUGGGGCAAACUACCGACCAUGGCAGCAUUGAAUAGCUUGGAUACUUAUGUGUUUGACUUUGGUGCAGAGAUGUAUAUAUGGCAGGGAAAAGAGGUUUCAUUCAACGACCGUCAACUUGCUGUACGACUUGCACGAACAUUAUGGGACCAAGGUUACGAUUAUACUGAUGUUGGGUUCUGUCCGUUUGUUCCCAUUAAAGAUGGUUGCAACAAUCUUAAAGGUUCAAGACCUGAAUGGGGUUUAUUUGCAAGAGUAAAUGAGAACUUGGAAACCUCAUUGGUGCAAGAGAAGUUUGAGGAUUGGUCGAAUAUUUCACGUGAAAUUGGUGAUCGUGAUGAUAUCAUGAGAGAAACAUCACGUGGUCAUAUUGCUGCUGAGAUGAAAACUAAGGUUUCCAUUAAACCCGAGAUGGUGGCGUGCGAUGUCAAGUUAUUACGCAGUGAAAGGUUACAACCUCUUCCCCUACAUUUGGAAGGUCACAACUUAUGGAGAGGUCAUGGUCACAUGUACGAUGACGAUGGUCGUGGCUUACUUGUUGUAACAAGUUCCGUUGACACCUGGUAUGCAACUGACAAAAAUAUGGUGAAAGUUGAAGAACCAAACCAAGGAGUUUUUCACAGGAGUGAAACCUAUGUUGUGAGAUGGAAGUACGUUGUAUCAAGCACGGGCAAGUGGCUUGCAAGUAAAUCUAAGCCUGGGUCUGAUUUAAAAUCAGCGGUGAAUGGACGUGAACGCACAGCUUACUUUUUAUGGGCGGGACGAGAUUCUUCAGUGAAUGAAAAAGGGGCUUCAGCUUUAAUGGCAACUGAGAUAGAUACACAUGGUGGACCUCAGAUGACAGUACAUGAAGGUCGUGAACCUGCAGCGAUGCGACAAUGUUUUGGUGGCCGAAUGCUGGUGGUGGAUGGCAAGAUUGGGAAGAGAGAUGGAUUUUACAGUUGGAAACUCUUCUGUAUGAAAGGAACAUCCUCUGAUGAAGCAACUUUAUAUCAGAUUCCAUGUGAAAGUCAAUCCCUUCGUUCUCGUUCAUCGUUGAUGUUGUUAAACGGAAGAUUAGGGAAGAUCGUUGUUUGGCACGGAAAGUUUUCACCUCAGAUUACUCGAAAGUUGAUUACAGAAGCUGCUAACAAGAUCAAAGAAGAGAAACCAUUAUAUCUUGGUUUCCGUAGCAACUGUAAGAGUGUUGAGUUCAGUGAAUGUGAAGAAGGAAGUGAGAAUCAGGAUGUUGCUGAAGGUAUUGGUCGGAUACGACGAACCAAGUACAUGAGUUUGUUGGAAACAACUGAUGAUAAAUUAAUUCCUCCUCGUGCGUGGCAUCUACUACCCUCUGGUGACGAGUUUAUCUCCCAAGAACUCCACCCGGUAACAGAAUUUCCAAGUGAUGAAGAAGAAAAAAACGAUGUUGAAUUUUUUCCACUUGUUCAAGAACAGUUUAAAGAACUAAUGCAACCAGCAUUUGUGUUGGUUGAAACAACUGAGGGAGUUUAUUUAUGGCAAAGUGAGGUUGGUGAAAGUAUGAAAGGUUCGGGGAAACGACAGUUUGAUAUUAGUCGACGGCUUGCCCUGGAAACUACUGUCAAUUAUUGUAAAGAAUAUCGAUCCGAUUUCACGCCAAUGUUAAUUCAUGAACUUCAUGAACCGAUUGAAUUCACCAACUCAUUCCUCGUUUGGAUGGAAAGUAAAAAGAAACUUUCAUUUGAAGAAAGACGAGCAAAUAAACCAACCUCAGUUAGUGAAAUCCUAUCAACAUUAUCUCGACUAACAUACAGCAUAGAGGAACUAAGAGCCACUCCCCUGCCUGAAGGUGUGGAUCCAAACCACCUUGAAACUUAUCUAUCACAGUCAGACUUUGAAAAACUAUUCCAAAUUUCCAAAGUAGAAUUUUACGACAUGCCACCUUGGAAACAAAGCAAGUUACGAAAAGAGAAAAAUUUAUUCUGAAAUUUUUUCCUGAUAUUCUUUCAGAGGUGAAGUCCUCUAUCAUUGCCCAGUUUUUGCUCCUUAGAAGUUUGUGUGGCACAGCAUAAGAGACCACUGCAUCAUAAACAACAUCUGUUGUUUCAUUUAUCUUUCUAUUUCUUACAGCAGCACUGUUCACUGACCACUAUAUCGUUAAGCCAACCCGUCACUCAAGUGAUAUCUACUUUUUUUGUACAUUAUAACAUCAUAGUCCUGCUGUUUCUAUGUUACAUUGCACUUUAAAGUUUUGCCUUUUUCCCAGCAUGGAAUUUAAAUGGCCUUUACGUCACAUAAAAUGUUUCCAAAGUAAUUGUUCCCAAUAAUUUCAAAUUAUUCUAUGCAUAUACAGACAAGCUGCUCUUUGGUGAUGGUGGUUCCGCUUAAUAGUUUCAAUAAUUACUCAGUUUCUAAUUCGUUUCAAGCCUUUAUUUUAUUUCCAUACUUUCAGCAGAUCAAUUUAAAGUGAAAACAGCAACAGAUAAUUAAAAUAACAUUUUCCACAGGUAUUUCCAUAUUCUAUAUAAGUUUAAAACAACAACAUGCUUCCCAAAGUUAUUUGUUGCUUUAAACAACACAGCAAUAUGAUGUAAGCAUUAAUUUGUACAUCGUGAUUAUUAUAUCUUCAUUGAUUAUCUGUAAAUUGUAUGUUCACUUGCAAUAAACACGAGGCCGUGCAUAAA